UUCGUCCGUCUAUCAAUCCGUCCGUCUGUUCGUCCGUCUAUCAAUCCGUCCGUCUGUUCGUCCGUCUAUCAAUCCGUCCGUCUUUUCGUCCGUCUAUCAAUCCGUCCGUCUGUUCGGGAUAUGACGUGAUAGCAAUCAACGGUCUGAUUGGGAAACUUGAACCACAGUUUACAAACGCACUUGAUGUUACCGAAUCGCAAGGGACCGUCCAAAAAGAACUAACAUUCGGAGGUAUCUCAAGAUCACAUCGCAUCAUCAAAGGAGCUUACUUCAAUCGCGUUACAGAACGAGUGGGGUUCUUUUAUGGACAAGAUAGAAACCUGCACGAGUUUGGCACCGUCAGAGAAGUUGUCCAGGUCCAUGGAAGUCCCUUUGAUGAUCACAUUUUCAUGCACGGUAACAAUUUCCGAGUGGAGCAGACUCGAGGAAGAAACACCUACGAGAUCGAUCUAAAGAAUGCCCGUCCGAACGACCGUCUUCUUCGUCAAACGAUUGUGGAUAGUAGUGAUUCCCCCGCCAAGAUCCUAGUGAAUCAUAAAGGCAACAUUAAAAAAGAGAACCUUAGCUAUUUGAAUAAGAAUUUGACCAUCUGGCUCAGGGAUGAAAGAACUGGAAAAUUUUGGAAUCCAAUUUUUAGACUUAAUCUCUACUGCCUAAGGGAGCCGCACGUGGAGCUUGUGUAUAGGGAUAGGAUGGAAAACAUCCAACUAAGCAAGACAAGAAAAUAUCAGUUUCACGGGAUGGAGUACAAAUUUUACUUCUUACAAGACCUCACUGGGACUGAUAGAGAAGACAUGGUCAAGAUCAUGAAGCCGAAAUUCCACCAAAAAACCGAGCAGACAAUUGACAUGCGUGAGGGUAUUAACAAAUUGAUGCUGACCGAAAAUUUGAUGAAUGGAUAUUCGAUAAAACCCGGCGGCCGAACCCUCCAAUUGAAGCAUUACAAAGACUGGGUCCUUGAGAUACGGGAUCCAAAUUCAAGGGACAUCCGCCAUGACGUCAUCAUCAAGAAUAUAGAGCAGAUCAUCAGCGAGUACUACAUUCUGGUUCUUGACAUGCGUGAUGCUUUUCCAGACAUGGAUCUUGGUGCGUUAUACGAGGAAAGCAAAGAACUGAUUCCACCAGAAUAAAGACGUCUUUACCAAGCAUACACUUGAUGAUGAUACGAUACGAUGAUGAUAUCUGGACCAAGCAUGCUCUUCGAUGAUGAUUUCUGGACCAAACAUGCUCUUCGAAAAUGAUUGAUAUCUGGAUAUAGCAAUGCUCUUCAAUGAUGAUUUUAGAACCCCAUAUAACUCAAUUAAAUCACGUUACUGCUCGCAGCUUAUUUUCCUGCCAACAGGUUCCCACAAGCCACGCCAGACCAAUUAAUUCAAGAUCAUUUUCUGUCUGUUUUAUUUGAUGUUCUGUUCUAAACUCCUUGUUUUCAUUUGUGAUCAAAAGGAAUGGAAAGUUGCUUGAUAGCACUGAGAUAUAAUAUAUUAAGAAAAAAAAACAGAAGGGCUCAUCGGCUGUAAACAUGACAAAACCAUCCUUUUGCAUCACGUUCACAGAAACGUGAUCUUGUAAAAUAAUGUAGACUUGUGAAACCAUGAAAAAUACCCACAAAGUUUUUAGACCACGAGUCAAAGUUUCCAAGCAAUGUUACCAGCCCCCCGUUAUGUUAAUAUGUUAAGAGCCCCCUGUUACCGUGGUAACGUAGAAUGGACAUUAAAAAGCACGAGAAGCUGUA